AUGCCCUUCAAUGUUUUUAAACGUGGGCCCCAUCCCCAGCCUCCACCGUCCCGAAAAACUACUUUAGAUGUGGCGGACAUUCUGCAAGGUUUUGAUUUUAUCUCCCGGUGGUUACACGAAUACCGACCGGGGAAGGAAUUCAGAAUUGUCGUAUCUGGAGGUACGUGCUCGGUCCUUCUGUUGAGGAACAGGACGAGUACACGGGACAUCGACAUAUAUUGCGACGACGCUAUUCAGCUGCAAGACGUCCUCGCAGCCGGGAGAGCUUGUCCGAACAGCGUGCACUGGCCUGUUAACUGGAUUAAUGCCGAGAUGGUGGCAUACGUGCUGAACAACGAAGGCUGCGAGCGUUUAUUCCAAAACUCCGUCGCCCAGGGCAUCAUGGUGUACUCGUCGGGCAAUUUCAAAGUUUACGCCGCGGAUUGGAGGUUUCAGUUGGUUGGGAAGAUUCGAAGGGCAUAUGACGCGUAUUUGGAUCAUGAGCCUAGUCCGAAGGAUUUGUAUGAUGCAGUUGAUAUACUGCAUAUCCUGAAUGUGAAGGAUGGAAGGAACCAGAGGAGUUCGGAUAUGAAGAAAUGGUAUUAUUAUGGGUAUCGAAUGGGUCCCAAGGAAGUUGAGUAUAUCAAUGAAGCGUACUGGCAGAAGUUUGGGCGUAUUGGGAUCUCAGAUCGCGUUGGGGAGAACGAAGAAGGCAAAAGUUAA